UUCCUCGUGUGUGCAAAGUAACUUACAAGUUUGGAGAAAAUAUGUUACAAGUAAUAAAGUUUAAACUGUGAUAUUGUGUUUUAAAUAUGAAGUUGAUUGUGCUAUUUGUGUUUUGUGUGAGUUGUCUCGUGUGCGCGCAAGAUGAAUACACCGACGGUGACGACGUGACAGAAGCAUGCUGUACACACGGAUCGGACUCGGCGCUGUCUCUGUCAUCCGCCCGAGAGUGUGGAGGCCUAGGGCUCCCAGACUACAUAGAGCCGGAGCAGGAGGCCACGUGCAGGGCUAGCGUGGCGAGCUGCUGCCAGGAUCACUUUAAGCAAAAGGAUGAUUGUGCUGCAGGCGCAAAGUAUGCCGCCAGCAAACGAUGUAGUGUACCAAGCACAGACAUCGGAAAGACAUGCUGCGAAGAGUGCAAAUUCGGUGCGCUAACAGGAGAGUCCCAGGGGGUGGAGGCCUGCGGGAGCCCUCCCACAGCAGACGUCUCCCCUGCCUCUUACCUGAGGAAGACCUCUUAUUAUACGUGCUGUGUUGAAGCGGCAACAAAGCCGACGACAACCGAAGCUCCCUCAACAACAACCACGGAGGCAGUCAGGCGUUGCGGGCCUGGCUCCUGCCACGCAGACCAGGACUGCGACGACAGUGACGGCGUUAUACGAUGCCUGUGCCACAGCGGCUUUAGGAAACAAAAGGAUGGCUCUUGCAAAGAUAUCAACGAGUGCGCUGAAUCCGCAGAUAACCUCUGCACCCAAAAGGACCACGUGUGCCACAACACCCCGGGCUCCUAUAAGUGCGUGCCGCUCAAGAAGCGAGAAGUACCCGGCUGCCCGCCGGGGUUCAAGAAGAAUGUCAUCAACCAGGUGUGCGAUGACAUAAACGAAUGCCAGCUCCCCCGCCCGCCCUGCCCGAAGUACCUCUGCGAGAAUACCAUUGGGGGCUUCAAGUGCAACGGGAAGCCUGGGACUCCGGCCGUCGAGGGUGCUACCGAGGCUGCACCCGUAGAGCCUCCUGCAGGCCGGAACGACAUAUGCCCUAAGGGGUUCAGGGCCGGUGCUAAUGAUGAGUGUGUUGACAUCGACGAAUGCGAAGAGCACCUCGACGACUGUCAGCGGCUGUCGCAGCACUGCAUCAACACCCACGGUGCUUUCUUCUGCCAGGAUCACGUCUCCAAGCGAUGCGCCCCUGGCUUUAAAGUCAACAGUGCUACUGGUAUCUGUGAAGAUAUUAACGAGUGCGAAGAAGGUUCAGAGGUGUGCAAGAGGAAUCAAGUUUGUGUCAACCUCCCGGGGGCCUACGACUGCAAGUCCAAAAUUAGCACCUUACCCAAGUUGGCCUCUAAAACUUGCCAAGAGGGAACCAGGAUGCGCGUUGGUAGCAACAAAUGCGAUGACAUCGAUGAAUGCCGCGAGGGCACUCAUCUCUGCGACCAGUUCCAGAACUGCAUCAACACGUUCGGCGGGCAUGAGUGCCGCUGCAAGAACGGUUUCGAGCUGGACUCUACGUCAGGAUCCUGUGAAGACGUUGAUGAAUGCGCCAUGAAGCUGGACAACUGCGGCGCCGGCCUGCACUGCCUGAACGUGCUGGGCUCGUUCACCUGCACGCGCCGCGCCCCCACCUCCUCCACCACCACCCCCGCGCCCACCUCCAAUGACUACGAAUACUAUUACACUGACAGUGAUGAAGAACCGACCAACGACACACGAAAUCCAGGACCAGGAGGUGCCAACAAACCAGCUCCUAAACCUAAUCCUCCUCUACCUCCUCCAAAACCUAUUACCACUUCUACCACUACAACAAGUACCACCACCACUACAACUACUACAACUACAACUCCUAAACCUACUACUACCCCUAAACCUGCUACUACACCAAGGCCACCCCCACCCAGACCGUACCGACCACCCCCUACCCAAUACGAUCCUUUCGGCAGACCGACUAGACCAUACACCAACAGACCACCCAGACCCAACCCAACAAACCCUUCUCCACCAGAAACCACACCUAACCCUAGAAGACCUGAAAAUAGACUACCUAGCAGUAUCCCUCCUCCGACGACACCAGAGGUAGUUGAAAAAGAGAAGAAUCCUGGAGGAGUCGAGUUGGACACUUCGGAGCUGCCUAAGGACAAGUGGACGAACGUAAUUGGGAAGGAUAAGGAUAAUGAACCGGAUGAUUUUGAUCCGAAUGAGCUGCAUUGUCUGAACGGAUAUGAGAAGAAUGCAGCGGGUGAUUGCGUUGAUAUCGACGAAUGCGCCGGCCGCCACAUUUGCAGUGCACUGGAAACCUGCAAGAACGAACCUGGCCGGUACCGCUGCGAGUGUAUAACGGGCUUUAGGAGAGACCCAUCGGGGUACUGCGCGGUGGCACCCACCAUCCCCACCACGUCCUCCACCACUACUUCAACUACUACAACUACCACGACCACCACUGAGGCCCCUCGGCCUUACAUCCCACCACAACCCCGGCCGCAGCCCCGGCCUCAAUCACCACAACCCCGGCCGCAACCAUCUCCGCAACCACGGCCGCAACCACGACCGCAGCCGCAACCGCAACGGCCGCCGCAGACACCGCAGUUCUGCGAGAUGGGAUACAUCUACGACUCCAGACAGGGACAGUGUGUUGAUAUCGACGAGUGCGCUACGAACCGGCACACUUGCGUGGCGAACGAGCGCUGCGUUAAUGUUGAUGGCGGCUUCCAGUGUGAAAAGGCACCAGUAUAUGUUCCACCAGCACAAACCCCACCCAGGCCCCGGCCCAACUCGCGGGAUCCCCACGUUAUCACAGUGGGCGCCCAGUACGGCACCCGCGGGCCCCGCUACAGACGCCCGACAUAUUCCCGUGUUCGUGAAGUCGACGCAGUGAUGACGUCAUGCCAGAAGGGCUACCGGCUGACCUCGGACAAGAUGUGCUUGGACAUCGACGAAUGCGCCGUGAACCAGUCAGAGUGCGGUCCUCUCCAGCGCUGUGAGAACUUCUUUGGCGGACACUCUUGCCAGUGCCCAGCUGGCCACCAGCUGGUUGGCUCUAAAGAUUGCGAGGACAUCGACGAGUGUCAAUACGGCAACCCGUGUUCAUACUCGUCGAAAUGCGUCAACACCGUGGGUUCGUUCCGCUGCGAGUGCAAUGAAGGCUUCCGAAAUGCACGCUCUAAUGACAAAGUUUGCAUGGACGUAGACGAGUGCACGGAAACUCCAGGAAUCUGCCAGCAGGGCUGCGCUAACGCGUGGGGCUCCUACCGCUGCUACUGUCACCAGGGAUACAGAAUGCAGGAGGAUGGGAAGACUUGUGUAGACGUGGACGAGUGUGCAGAAUUCGCCGCAUCUGCCUCAAGUCGUAACCGCGCGCGUUUGUGCGGCGGAGAGUGCGUCAAUGAGCCUGGCAGCUACCGCUGUUCCUGUCCCAACGGCUAUCGGCUAUCAGAAGACCAGCAUAGUUGUAUCGAUAUUGACGAGUGCGAGACUGGCGAAGCUUCGUGUGCUCGGUCUUCGGAUCCUAGCCAAGUGUGUCAAAACACGCGGGGAAGCUACCACUGUCACACCAUCAACUGCCCAGCAGGAUACCAGCUGGAGGCUAAGCAUCGAUGCACGCGCAUCCAGCGGACUUGCGCGAUGUCAGACUGGGACUGCGUGCACCAGCCAAGCAGUUACAGCUACAACUUCAUCACCUUCGUAGCGAACAUCUACCUUCCGCUCGGUCGAGUGGAUCUAUUCACAAUGCACGGGCCAGCGUGGGCAGACUCUUUCAUGAGCUUCGAGAUGAGGCUGGUGGACGUUCAGGCGGCGCCGGGAGUCACGCCAGCUAGUCUGGCCUGUUUCGACACGCGGCCUACUGGCAACAUGUGCGUGGUGUCCCUCCUGUGCGCGCUGGAAGGUCCGCAGGUGGCCGAGUUGGAGCUGACCAUGUCGCUGUACCAGCGCCGGCAGUUCGCGGGCAGCGCCGUGGCCAGGCUCGUCGUCAUCGUGUCGCAGUACGAGUACUAGCAGUAGCAGUAGGCAA